AUGAAUAUUGAAGAGGAAGAGAGAGUUGAUUUUGAUGAUCUUGAGUUUGAUUCUGAGGAAGAAAACAUAGAAUAUCAUGCUAUCAUGUUAGGGAAGCAGUAUAAGAUCCUUAAUUCUAAGUUGAAUAUGAUCUUACAAUUCCUCAAUGAUUAUGUUGGUUCUUCUUCAUCAAUAAACAAAGAAGAUGUUGAAUUUUUGUUGAAAUCUCAAGAGUCGAAGAUGAAGUUUUUAGCCAACAAUGUUGUGACUAAUCUUGAGACUAGAUUGAAGAGAAUUUGGCUUCUUAUAAGUUCCAUCUUACUAAAGUUCAAAAUGUUGCUUGAGAACGGCAUGAAUUUCUAA